UUCUGUGAUAAAAAGCCCUACGAAAGAGAUAGCAAUAAACAAUGUAUUGAAUGGAUGAGACAGCUACACCGUACUUGAAAUGAGAGAAUAAAGAAUGAAUUUCUGAAAUUCGUAACAAGUUCGACCGUUCGAUUAACUUGUUUUGUGAUAAUUAUUUUAAUUUGAUGACUUCUUAUUUAUUAGUAAGUAAAGAAUUAUGGCAGACUUCGAUUGGAACAAUUAUUUGGAAGUGAAUAAAACUGUCGCUGUUCCUGAAGAAUUAUUUUCUCAUGUGGAAACCAGUCUCUACAAUGGCAUCAAACAGGGUAUGUUGCUGGAAGUGUGUCAUAAGAACAAUCCAGACAUCUACUGGAUAGCAGAGAUCACCAUGGUCUGCGGGCACCUCCUGCGGAUCAAGUUCAUUGGCGCAGACAAUGACUUCUGGUGCGACAUAUCUACAACAAAGGUGCAUCCACUCGGCUGGUGCGGGAAGUAUGAUGAGCUUAUAGAACCACCCGAUGAGAUAAAUGAGAAGUACGGAGAUACAAUUAUAGAGAUUAUGAAGAAGGCCUUAUUAGAUGGUCAGUCGGUGUCCAUUGAAGCUUUAAAUAAUAAGGGCUUGUCCCCAAUAGAUAGAAUCAAAGUUGGAAUGAAAGUGGAGGUGCAGAAUGUGAUUGAUCCUUACAGAUAUUGGAUUGCUACGGUGUGUGAGAACGUCGGCGGCCGUCUUCUAGUCCGAUACGACGGCGCUGACGAGGACCUCACGCAGUUCUGGAUAUUCUUCUCCAACCCUCGACUCAGCAGCUUUGGCUAUGUUACCAAUAAGGGUUCUCCGUGGCAGUUCAAAUAUCCCGGUAAGGUGAACAAAUUCUCGUGCAAGAACAAAUUGAGUACGCAACUGCGGCAGAGCGCUGAAGAGGCCAUCUCAGAGCCUACACCCGCUGACUUGUUUCAACCGAACCAAAACCUAGAAUCUCACAACUUCGUCAGCGGCAUGAAGGUGGAAGCUCUGAGUCCUCAAGACAUGCGCACCGUCCGCCCCGCGACCGUCACCAAAGUGUUCAACAAUUUACACUUCCUUGUGGUCGUAGACGACCACGUGGACGACUAUGAGGACUCCAAGAUGGCCUGGCUCUGCGACUCCAUGCACCCAUACAUAUAUCCCAUAGGUUGGGCGCAGAAAAAUGGCCUCACCUUCAAAAAUCCCAAAAUCUGGAAAGAGGGACCCUUCGACUGGGACGAGUACCUAACAAUGACAUCCUCAGUACCAGCGCCUGAUUACUGCUUCGGGAACAAAACGCCGCUACAAGGAAUAGAAAUCAAUAUGAAAUUAGAAGCCGUAAAUCCGCAAAAUCAUGAAGAAAUACAUGUGGCGAACGUAGAUAGUAUUGUAGAACACAUGCUGUGUGUGGAACUGUUACCGAUAGGAGAGAAGUAUUGGUAUGCUCAAGACAGUGAUUUGUUAUUCCCUGUCGGUUGGUGCGACAGCAACGAUUACGCUUUACACAUUCCUGAUACGACUGUAGAGAAGGAGCAACCGAAGCCGGUUGAAGAGAAGCCGGUCAAAGAAGACAUGAAGUGUUCAGAUGAAUGGUGCGAUAGGAUUUUCUUUAACUACAAGUGUUACGCGGGACCAUCGAUAAGUAGGAACAAAUUAUCUCAGCUGCCUAAGCACGUGGGGCCGGGGCCGCUGUCUCUGGUGCUGAAGGAGGUGCUCAACAAGAUAAUCUCGGCGUCAUACAAGCCGGCCAAGCUGUUGAAGGAUUGGGAGACUGAAGGGCCGCCCGAGGAAGGGAUGAGGCUCGAAAUGUUGAGAGCAAAACUAAAGUCCAGUACGUACCACGCGUACGUGCCGGUGGCGGUGUCAGCGACCCAGGUGUCGUCGUUCUGCCGCGGCGUCUGCGUCAAGCUGCAGGCCUGCCCGUGUCUCUUCGGCCCCGACGAGCACAGCGACCACUGCCCUAAUGACUGCCAGCGGGUUGACAAGUCCACCUUCCAUCACAACACCGAACGCCGAGGCAGACCAAAAGGCAGCGUCAACGGCAGGAGGAAAAAGAAAAAGGCCGCUCCAGAGAAGAAGGAAAAGGAGCAGCAGCCGUCGCAGGAGACGGAGAGCAACAAGGACGUGGAGUCCGUGGAGAGCGAGCACAGCGCCGGCUCCGCGCCGCCCUCCUCGCCCGGCACGCGGCCCGGCUCGCCGUGCGGCUCGCCCGACGCGCCGCGCCGGCGCCGCCACACGCACUACCCCAAGCUGGAGAUGAAGACGCGCGGCGCCAAGCUGCCCAACUUCGCCAUACAGAUGAAGGAGGCGCACUGGAACAAGAAGGACGUGCAGACCAUAUACAGCAACACGUGCGUCAAGAAGAACGCGCACGACAGCGACACCGAGAACGAAACCAACGAGAGCAGCUCCAAUUCCAGAGACGCCAAAAACAUAUCCGACGUGUCGGACUCCGAGGAACCAGAACUGAAAAAGUUGAAAUUCAACACUUACGAUCCUCUGCCGACCGAUAACAAAAUGUUUGAAAAGGAUAUGGCCAUGACCUGGAUGAAAGGAAAACUAAAGCUCUCGCCAAACCCGCUGGAUUGGUCCGUCGACGACGUGUACGCCUACCUGAGCAGCACUGACGACUGCAAACUGAUUGCAGACAAGAUGAAGCAGGAGGAGAUAGACGGACAAGCCUUCGUCAUGCUAGAUCUGCCCGUCAUCAGGGAGUUCUUGCACAUGAAGAAGGAAUUUGCGCUGCAACUUAGUAAACAUAUAGCUAUGAUGAGGUGGUAUAUAAUCAAUUUUGAAGAUUGUGGAGAGUCGUGAUUUUGUUCCUUGUUCUAUUCUUUGUCUAGUCCACAAUAAAGUAUUUGUUGAAUAAUUAAA